AGCAUGAGGGCGAAUUGAGAAUAAAAUUGCUUAAUUUUGAUCUUAGAACUCUUAGUUGAAAUACUUUUUAAAGUUUGAGGACUUUAGGAAAGGUUGUCCUUUAUUGGUUGAUUUAUUUAUUUUUUGUUGUGCAUUUGCAAGAAUACGAAGAAGCCUUUACUACUCAUAAAUAAUUUGCAUAAGCAUAUGUAGGUGUUUUGUGCGAAGAAACAAUCCGCUUCCCCCUCAUUUUAUAAAAAGCCUUUUCUCUUCUCUCACUCCCUUGUAAAUCAAUCAAUCAAUCAAUCAAUCAAAGCACACAAAAACUUUUCUUCCUUUUCUCUGUGGAUUUUCCUCGAACAGAUAAGGAGCUAUGAUUCGGCUAUUUAAAGUGAAGGAAAAGCAGAGAGAACUUGCUGAAAAUGCUAAUGGUGGUGUACCGAUCAAGAAGCAAACUGCUGGAGAAUUGCGUCUUCAUAAGGAUAUUUCUGAGUUGAACCUACCUACAUCAUGCAACAUGAUGUUCCCCAAUGGCAAGGACGACCUUAUGAACUUUGAGGUUUCUAUCCGACCAGAUGAAGGAUAUUAUUUAGGUGGAAUGUUUUUGUUCUCUUUUCAAGUUUCACCAAUCUAUCCACAUGAAGCACCGAAAGUUAAGUGCAAGACCAAGGUCUACCAUCCAAACAUCGAUUUAGAAGGAAAUGUCUGCCUCAAUAUCUUGCGAGAAGAUUGGAAACCUGUCCUCAGUAUAAACACUAUCAUUUACGGAUUAUAUCAUCUCUUCACGGAACCAAAUUGCGAGGAUCCUCUUAAUCAUGAUGCUGCUGCAGUGUUGAGGGAUAACCCUAAGAUGUUUGAAUCUCAUGUGAGAAGGGCUUUGGCAGGCGGGUAUGUGGGACAAACCUUCUUUCCACGAUGUAUUUAGGUUGUGUGUGGUGAUACAAAGUGCCACUUCCGAUAUGUUAUCAAUGCUUGAAUACCCGUGGUUGUAAAAUUUAUCUGCUACUUACACCGUCAUCCUUUAUUAUUUUUGUGGUGGAGUUGGGCACCAUGCAACUGAAACACAAACAUAAACUGUAUGCUAAUGCAACUCUUGGAUGCGAUUUGUAUUGAUUUGUUAAAUUAGUUAUUUCAACUA